AUGAGUGUGACCGUGAACGUCCCUGACCUGGGCGCGCACGUGAAGGAGGUCCGCAAGUACAUCGACGAGACCUCCAAGCUGCUGCAGCCAGCCAUCAUCAAGGCGCUGAAGCCUGAGUUCCCCACUUGGAGCAUUGAGGAGGGGACCCACGAGGUGCCGACCGUGACCGUCAACCUGCCGGCCUCCAACGUCGAGGCGUCCGAGUUCAUCCCAACCCUGGACCUGUCUGAACUGCCCCGCGACAAGAACGGCCUGCCCACCUUCAACAUCAGCCACCUGGGCCUGCCCAGCGUGCAGAAGGUGCUGGGUGCCUUUGACGCCCACGCCUACCUUGGCAACCUGGGCAUCCCCACUGACCCCAAGGUCAUCAACCAGACCAUCGACUACAUCCAGGGCCAGCUGUUGGACAAGCCGAAGGAGCCCUAG